UCCUUAAACAAAAUUAAUAAACCAAAACAUUUUAUGGAGUGUAGUGAUAAUUUAAAUUUGGCUGCAAUAAAUAUAACGAAAACAAUUUUUGAGUCUGUUCCUCUGUUUCUUUUGAUUUCUAUAUUAGUCUAUGGAAUAGAAAAAAUACUACGAUUGGGAAAAAAUUACACGCGUUUUACAAAUAAAAAGAUGGCACCAUGCAGGGCUGCGUCUGAAAAACAGCUGGAAUUGCUACUUGAAUUCAUAGAGAAACAUAAAAAUGUUUUCCUUAAUAACCUUGGUGGAGGCCCCCUUGCUCGACAAACCAGCAUUCAAAAAUGGGAAGAAAUCUCGAGAAAACUGAAUAGCGUGGGAUCCGGCUGCAAUAAAACCGCUAUAGAAUGGAAGAGAUAUUGGACACUGCUUAAAAGCCGCACAAAGGUCAAGGCUGUAGAUGUGCGGCGAGCGUCCAUUGCGGCUAGAAGCAGUUCAAACUACAAACCACCUUUGACCCCAAUUGAGAAAAGAAUAAUUGGCAUACUUGGUAAAGAGGCACUAGAGAUCAAGUCUGAAACCAGAAUUCCUAUAAAAAUUGCAGAUCCACCUUCUGAGCCAGCUAGAUGUCCCUCACCAAUGGAAGAAAUUAUUUUUGAAGAGCAUUUGAGCCUCUCUUCCAUUGAGACAACAGAUGUUGAAAAUACCCCACAGUGGGCCAUGGAAAUUGAGAAUAAAAGACUGGAAAGUCAUACCAAAAUAUAUCAAGAAAUAAAAGGCGUCAAAAAUGCUAUAGAAGCUCAAACUGUAGCCAUAAAUAGAGUUGGAGACUUAUUGGCAGCAUGGUUAGAAAAAAGUAAUACCUAUACAAUAGCCCAAAUUGAUUCAGACUCCUAGUAAACAAAUUAGGAAUCACCUUAUUUAGAGUUGUCAAAUAAGAAACAAUUUUUUUUUUAUGUACACUUGUUUUUACCAUAGAUCUAAGAUGAUAAGAUGUACUUAUGUAGGUACAUUAUGUUGAGCACCUACGCCGUAUCGUUGGAUAGGUCUUCAAGUAUACUGUUAAUACCAUUUUUUUUAUUUAGGAUUGUGUUUGUGAAAUGGACGUUUAAUGGACCACUCUCUUGCAGAAAUUUCGUUUUCAUACACAAAUUACUUAUUAUCACCAAAGAUCCUUUACGGAUUGCAACUUAUACCGCUAAACGAAAAUAAUGUUUUGACAUUGAUGCAGACUAUUACGGAUUGAUGCAGAACUAUUACGAAUUGAUUCAGCCAUUGUAAAAAUGAAUGUUUGAGGCACAGAUUAAGAAUAAUAGGCAGAUGGAGGGACGGUGUCGUAGCCGCACCAAAUACAUUCUCGAGUCAGUACGACACGAAGCGUCGCAUCUGUAUCUAUCAGUAUCAAUAUUAUUCAAGAAAAAUGGCGUCUUUGAACGAUUAUUCACUCACAAAUAUUUUUUUUUAUAUAUCCUCGAUUAUAGAUAAAGCCACCGUACAUAUUUUGAUUUAAUUUAAUAUGAAGUCUAGUAAGGCGACAGAUAAGUAUCACUAUCAAGAAAUGUUCAAUUUAUACUAUACCUAGUACCAACCUAUUAAGGUCUCUUGUCUACUAUUUUCUAUACAAGAUUAAAUCUUUUAAUUGAAGUCAGCAUCAGCAAUAAUUAUGAAAAUCUCUAAGUCUUCACAUUAAAGAAAUAAUAAAUUAAAUACUUAACAA